GUCCCCAGUGCCUCUGUCACCUUGGCCGUUCAUGAGUUCGUGGCUGGUGUGUCUGCAACCUUACACUACGAGAAUGAGGAGAAGGCUCCUCUGGAGACCUUCUUCGUGUUCCCCAUGGAUGAAGACUCUGCUGUCUACAGCUUUGAGGCCUUGGUGGAUGGGAAGAAAAUUGUGGCAGAACUACAGGACAAGAUGAAGGCCCACACUGACUAUGAGAAUGCCCUCUCCCAGGGCCACCAGGCCUUCCUGCUAGAGGAGGACGGGUACUCCAGGGAUGUCUUCUGUUGUAAUGUAGGGAACCUUCAGCCUGGGUCAAAGGCCGCACUCACCCUGCGGUAUGUGCAGGAGCUGCCCCUGGAAGCAGAUGGGGCCCUGCGCUGUGUGCUCCCGGCCGUCCUGAAUCCUAGGUACCAGCUCUCUAGAAGGACUAAGGACAGUUGUGUUAACAUGAAGACUCCGAUAGUUCCUCCGGAGGACCUGCCCUACACACUCAGCAUGGUUGCCACCAUCAGUUCCCAGCACGGUAUUGAAAGGGUGCAGUCCAACUGCUCCUUGAGUCCUGUCAAGUACCUGGGAGAUGACAAGACCACUGCUCAGGUCUCCUUGACUGAUGGACACAAGUUUGAUCGAGAUGUGGAACUCCUGAUCUACUACAGUGGGGUGCACUCCCCCACUGUAGCCGUGGAAACGGGGAUGCCUGCCAUGGAGCCAGAGUGUGUGAUGGGAGACCCAUCAGCAAUGGUGAGCUUUUAUCCAGAUAUCCCAGAAGCUCAGUCACCUGUCCGUGGAGAAUUUGUCUUCCUCAUGGACCGCUCGGGAAGUAUGCAGUCCCCGAUGAGUGUCCAGGACAGAUCUCAGCUGCGCAUAGAGGCAGCCAAGGAGACACUGAUUUUGCUUCUGAAGAGUCUCCCUAUAGGCUGUUAUUUCAACGUCUACGGAUUUGGAUCUUCCUACAAGGCACUCUUUCGGAAGAGUGUGGAGUACACGCAGGAGACAAUGAAGAAGGCAGUGGAGAGGAUCCAGGUGAUGCAGGCAGACCUAGGGGGCACCGAAAUCUUGGCACCACUGCAGAAAAUUUACAAGGCACCCUCCAUCCCAGGCUACCCCCUCCAGCUUUUUGUCUUCACAGAUGGAGAAGUUACUGACACAUUUAGUGUAAUUCAGGAAGUUAAGACCAACAGGCAGAAACACAGAUGUUUCGCAUUUGGCAUUGGCGAAGGUGCUUCCACUAGCCUAAUCAAAGGCAUUGCCCGAGUCUCAGGGGGAGCUUCAGAAUUUAUCACAGGCAAGGACAGGAUGCAGUCCAAGGUCCUUAGGGCCCUGAAGCAGUCUCUGCAGCCUGUGGUACAAGACUUCUCUCUAAGCUGGGAUUUGUCUCCUGGUCUAUCUGCCAAAAUGCUUUCUCCAGAACAGACUGUCAUCUUCAGGGGUCAGAGAUUAAUCAUCUAUGCCCAGUUGACUGGGGCAAUGCCGCCAGCAGAGGCAACAGGGAAAGUAUGCCUCAAGUACAGUCUCCAGGGCCAGAGUUUGGAGGAAAAGGUGACAUUUUCCUUACAACCCAAGCCCGAUGCCAACUUCACCAUUCACCGCCUUGCUGCCAAGUCCUUGAUCCAGGCCAAGGACAUGGGCAGCGGGGAGACUCCGGCAAGUGAUAAAAAAGACGUGUUGAACAUCAGCAUGGCAUCUGGGGUCCUGAGCUCCUUCACGGCUUUCAUCGCCAUCAACAAGGAGCUCAACAAGCCCGUUCAGGGGCCCAUGACACGUAGGGACAUCCCGAGGCCCAUGCUGUUGGGCGCGCGUGCUGCAAUGUCAGCACCCUUAUAUCUCUGUGGUGAGUUCUGUCUUAUUCAAAUUCAUAAAGUGAGAAUGGAGCAGAAGCCACUGGAUCUGCGGAAGUCAAGAUGCUUUGCACUAAGACUUUGGAUAGGCCGUCUCCAUGGUGCUGAAGUCUCUCAAGGUCGUACACGGUCUUUGUUCUAUACACCUCCUCCUGCACCCCAAAACAGAAGUGAAAUUUUUUAUUGUGCGAGCAUGACAUCUGAGCAAAAUGAUUAUGAGCUCUGUAGACCAAUGGCUUACAAGGAUGUGUACGAUCUAGACUUCGAAGAGAAUGGUCUUGUGCAACUGAUUUCCCUCCAAAAUGCAAACGGUUCCUGGGAUCUGAAUGAAGAUCUGGCGAAGGCCCUAGGGAUGAGCUUGGAAGACAUGAAUGCUGCUUGUCCUGAUGAAUGUGUGGAUUCUUCAGACUGGGCCACUGUC